AGCAAGAAGCGAGGGCGAGCGGUAGGGGCUGGGGAAGGGCGAGCGGGAGGCGCGGGUUCUCUCUAGCAGGGAGCUGCAGCCAUGAAGAGGCUCUUAGCUGCCGCUCGCAAGGGCGUGCCGGACCCGGAGCGCCCGAGCGCCUUAAGCAAGCUGGUCUACGCCAAGAACGACUCGUACAUCGUCCACUUCGGGGAUCUCGGGAAGAUCCAUAAAGCUGCCUCCCUGGGCCAAGUCCGGAAGCUGGAGAGUAUGACGGUAACGAAGAAAACCAUCGACCUGAACAAAAGAGAUGUGAAGAAGAGGACUGCUCUACACUGGGCCUGUGUCAACGGCCAUGUGGAAGUAGUAACAUUUCUGGUAGACAGAAAGUGCCAACUUGAUAUCCUUGAUGGUGAAAGCAGGACACCCCUGAUGAAGGCUCUACAAUGCCAGAGGGAGGCUUGUGCAAAUAUUCUGAUAGAUUCUGGUGCUGAUCUAAAUGUUGUAGAUAUAUAUGGCAACACAGCUCUCCAUUAUGCUGUUUAUAGUGAGAAUUUGUCAAUGGUGGCAAAACUGCUGUCCCAUGGUGCGGUCAUCGAAGUGCAAAACAAGGCUAGCCUCACACCCUUUUUACUGGCCAUAAUGAAAAGAAGUGAGCGAAUUGUGGAAUUUUUACUGACAAAAAAUGCAAAUGCAAAUGCAGUUAAUGAGUUUAAACGCACAGCCCUUAUGCUUGCCAUAUGUGAUGGAUCAUCAGAGAUAGUUGGCAUGCUUCUUCAGCAAAAUGUUGACAUCUUUGCUGAAGAUAUAUGUGGAAUGACUGCAGAACAUUAUGCUGCUACUUGUGGAGUUAAUCUCAUUCAUCAACAACUUUUGAAACAUAAACAAAAAUUAUCUAAAAAUCCUCAAAAUACCAAUCCAGAAGGAACACCUGCAGGAACAACUGACGAGGCUGCACCCUUGGCGGAAAGAACACUUGACAUGGCUGAAAGCUUGGUGGAAAGACCACCUGAUGAGGCUGCACCCUUGGUGGAGGGAACAUCUGACAAAAUUCAAUGUCAGGGGAAAGCGACAUCUGGAAAGUUUGAACAGUCCUCAGAAGAAACACCUAGGAAAAUUAUGAGGCCUACAAAAGAAACAUCUGAGAAAUCUGAAUGGCCAGCAAAAGAAAGACAUAGGAAGAUCACACGGGAGGAAAAAGAAACAUCUGUAAAGACUGAAUGCGUGGCAGAAGUAACACCUAAUAAAACUGAAGAUUUGGAAAAAGGAACAUCUAAGAUGAUCACAUGUCCUACAAAAGAAACAUCUAUAAAAGCGAGUACAAAUGUGGGUAUGAGUUCUGUAGAGCCUAAAAUCAGUCUUUGUGGCAAACCGACUAUUGAAAAUUCACAGUCUACAAAAGUUGAGGAAGACUUUAAUCUUGCUACCAAGGAGGGAACAACAAAGACAGUAACUGGACAUCAAAAACAUGAUAUUGGCAUUAUUGAACAAGCUCCACAAGAUCAAACAAAGCCUCCUGAGAAGCCAUCUGCCUUCAAGCCUGCCACUAAAAUGCAAAACUCUGUUCCAAAUAAAGCCUUCAAAUGGAAGAAUGAACAAACAUUGAGAACAGCUCAGAAGUUCCCAUCACAAUCCAAACAAAAGGACAAUGAAGAAGAUCGUUUGGAUUUUGAGGUACUGUGUAGAACUGAUUUUUCCUACCGUGGAAUGAAAGCUUCUAUUCCAAAUAAAGCCUUAGAAUUAAAGGACAGAGAAACAGUCAAAGCAGCUCAGAAGUUCCCAUCAGAAUCCAAACAAAAGGACGAUGAAGAAGAUUAUUUGAAUUUUGAGGUACUGUGUAUAAUUGAUUUUUUAAAAAUAUUAGUGUUUCAUGAUACGAAAAUAGCAGCCGUGCUGCAGCAGCAUGAGCGUCAAAUAAUAGUGAUGUAUUUUGCCGUCACAGCUGUGGAAAGACGUGGACAAUGUGUGACCUCUUGUGAGAACAAGCAGCUGCUGCCUGGUGUGGAUGUGAGUUCUGUAGAGCCUAUAUCCAGUCUUUUUGGCAAACUGACUACUGAAAAUUCACAGUCUCCAAAAGUUGAGGAAGACUUUAAUCUUGCUACCAAGGAGGGAGCAACAAAGACAGUAACUGGACAACAAAAACAUGAUAUUGGCAUUAUUGAACGAGCUCCACAAGAUCAAACAAAUAAGAUGCCCAUAUCUGAAUUAGGACAAAAAGAAGAUACAAAAUCAACUUCAGUUCCUGAGAUUAUCUCUGUGAAUGAUACACAGAAUUGUGUGUGUUUACCUGAGGCUACAUAUCAAAAAGAAAUAAAGACAAUAAAAGGCAAAAUAGAAGAGUCUCCUGAAAAGUCUUCUGACUUUGAGCCUGCCACUGAAAUGCAAAACUCUGUCCCAAAUAAAGGCUUAGAAUGGAAGAAUAAACAAACAUUGAGAGCAGAUUCAACUAGCCUAUCAAAAAUCUUGGAUGCAGUUCCUUCUUGUGAAAGAGCACAGGAACUUAAAAAAGAUCACUGUGAACAACUUACAACAAAACUGAAAAAAAUGAAAAAUAAAUUUUGUGUACUACAAAAGGAACUAUCAGAAGCAAAAGAAAUAAAAUCACAGUUAGAGAACCAAAAAGUUAAAUGGGAACAAGAGCUCUGCAGUGUGAGAUUGACUUUAAAUCAAGAAGAAGAGGAGAGAAGAAAUGUCGAGAUAUUAAAUGAAAAAAUUAGGGAAGAAUUAAGAAGACUCAAAGAGCAACAUAGGAACGAGUUAGAAGUGAAACAACUUUCACAGGCUCUCAGAAUACAAGAUAUGGAAUUGAAGAGUGUAACAAGUAAUUUGAAUCAGGUUUCUCACCCUUGUGAAAAUGGCAAUGAUCUCUUUCAUGAAAAUUGCAUGUUGAAAAAGGAAAUUGCAAUGCUAAAACUGGAAAUAGACACACUAAAACAUCAACACCAGGAGAAGGAAAAUAAAUACUUUGAGGACCUUAAGAUUUUACAAGAAAAGAAUGCUGACCUUCAAAUGACCCUAAAACUGAAAGAGAAAACGUUAACAAAAAGGGCAUCUCAGUAUAGUGGGCAGCCUAAAGUUCUGAUAGCAGAGAAUGCAAUGCUGACUUCUAAAUUGAAGGAAAAACAAGACAAAGAAAUACUGGAGACAGAAAUUGAAUCAUAGCAUCCUAGACUGGCUUCUGCUUUGCAAGACCAUGAUCAAAGUGCGACAUCAAGAAAAAAACAAGAACUUGCUUUCCACAGUGCAGGAGAUACUCAUUUGCAAGGAAAAAUGAAUGUUGAUGUGCGUAAUACAAUAUAUAACAAUGAGAUGCUCCAUCAACCACUUUGUGAAGCUCAAAGGAAAUCCAAAAGCCUAAAAUUUAAUCUCAAUUAUGCAGGAGAUGCUCUGAGGGAAAAUACAUUGGUUUCAGAACAUGCACAAAGAGACUGUCGUGAAACACAGUGUCAAAUGAAGAAAGCUGAACACAUGUAUCAAAACAAACAAGAUAAUGUGGACAAACACACUAAACAGCAGCAGUCUCGGGAGCAGACAUUAUUUCAACUACAAAGCAAAAAUAUGUGGCUUCGACAGCAAUUAGCUCAUGCACUUAAGAAAGCUAACGAAAGCAAGAUAACAAUUAAUAUUAAUUUUUGUGAGAAGAAAAUGCAACAUCAUCUCCUAAAAGAGAAAAAUGAGGGAUUUAAUUACGGUAACCAUUUAAAAGAAUGUACAGAUCAAUGUGAAAAAGAGAAAGCAGAAACAGAAGUCUUUGUGAGACAAAAAAAAUUGACUGAUCUCAAUAAACUGUGUGUGUCUGAGGCUUCACUAGAGGUUACAUCACAUUCUUACUCUCUGAGACGUCAAUAGAGGCUAUAUCACGUUAUCACAUUAAUCUCAAAGAUGAGAUACAGAAUUUAAUGAAGAAAUGAUUCAAAUCAAAAAUCAAACUGAAGAUAGAAAAGAGAAAUUAAACCAAUGUAUUGACUUCACGCAAUCUCUGGAGCAUAAUUUUGAUCAAUAAAUAAAGAAAAAAAUGAAUUAGGAAAAGAAAUAGCUGGGAUUCCAUGUGAAGCUACACAGGGUUCCCAUCUACCCUGAUAAUGCAACAGACAUCUUUCAAUCCAACCAGGAGAACAUCUAAUAAUACUAUGAGAGGAGGUGGUACAGAUUAUCUACAGUAACAGAAAAGAUUAUAUAAUACUAUAACAUUGCCAAGGAGUGGAUUAUCUCAUCUUCAUCCUGUAAUUCCAGUGUUUGUCACACGGUUGUUGAAUAAAUGAAUAAAGAAUGAGAAUGCCAGAAGCUCUGAUACAUAACCGUAAUGAUAAUUAUUUCAAUGCACAACUAUGGGUGCUGCUGAACUAGAAUUUGUAUUUUCUGCAACUGGCUCCUCUAGGAUCUACUAAUGAUUUACAUCUAAAAGAUGAAGUUAGUAAAGCAUCAGAAAUAAUAGCUCCUGAGAUCAAUGUGGGCAGCAGCCCCCAUCUGGCCCAAGUUCAAGAUCCGCUGUCAAAGACUUUUUUUAGGUGGUCACGCAGCCCUGCAUGGAGACCUGAUGGGAGCAUGCCUAACUGUUGCUGGAGUCCAUACCAUGGAAACAGAUUCCUCGUCGUUUAAGAAUACCAUAUGAUUGCUUAUAUAUGGGCAUGAAUUAAACAACUGGGCCUUUCAACAUUUUUGGAGAAGGCUAUUUUACACUUUUAAAAUGGAUGUGCUCCUAUAAGAUCAGAUAUUGUGUUGACCGGUGGUCAUGCCACCAUCUAUUUAUUUGUCGGAAAUAUUGUUCACACAGUAAGUUUGUGUCUAUUUACUGAGCCAUUCUUAAACAGCUCAUGUGUGUCUUGUCCUCUUUUAAACCUUUUAUAUAAGACCUUCUUUGUUAUUAUUCUUUAUUUUAAAUCAUCAAAAUGUAUUUGAUAGAUCCUUUAAAGGCCUGGAUGGUUAUGAAAUGCUUACAUUAUUGUUUUUGAAGGUUAUAUGAAGUUUCUUGACAGGUGAUUAGCAGAUUUCCCCGUUCUUCAAACGACCAUUUCACAUCUCCCUGCAAAGGAGAACAGCAAUCAGAAAGGUGGUGUCUCCCAAAUCAUCCAAGCUAAGAAAAAGUCUUUCUCUACUAUUAAUGAGAAGGUCCAUCACUAGAUUGAGAGUUCUUCUGGAAGUGAAUCUGCUUAUAUGUUCCCUAAAAACAACCCCUAGCGAGUUAGCUACUGAGAUGGCUGUAUUUUCAAACUCAAACUGCCUUGGUGAAAGCAACUCUGGAGUGGAGACAUGGGCUUUCUCAUGGAAAGUGAAAAUAACCCUCUGAAAAUAAGGUUUCUUCAAACUCUUCUGUUUUUCCACAGUAUAUUCUUGUUACUGAUUAUCAGAAAGCUGGUUUUGAGACCACAGCUUGGCCUAAAUUCAGUCAUCUGGCUGUCUGGGGAAGCAUGCUGACCUGUCUGGUAUUCUUUGGCAUCUACUCAACCUCUGGUCCCCCAUUCUCAUUGCCCCAAAUAUGAGAGGACAGUGCAUGAGAUUGAGCCAUCAACAGUGACAAACUGGAUCAUGGAAUCUCACAGUAUCAAGUUUGGAUAGAAAGGAGCCUGGCAAUCUUGUGGUCCACAACACCUCAAUUUACCAAGGAAGCUGUGCAAGCUCAGGUCUCCAGGUUCAUCCCAAAUACCCCACCCUGGGGCUUCCCACAGUGUUCCUAUCCUUAGACCUCCAAAACAGGCUCCUGGGCCCUAUGCUUUAGGGACCUCUGCACUGGCCCUCCCUCGCUGGGUGUGUUCCUCUGCACAGAGUGAAAAGCUGUGAUGCACAGUCAGUCUUCCCACUUCUAAUCUGUUGGGGCAGCUGUUUGCAAGGGAUGUGCACAGAGUAGAUUGAUGUUUGCACUGGUGUUUCCACCCACGUUUAAAGGAGGAUGUUGAUGCUGGGGCACAGAACCCAGGUGGAAAGGGAAGAACAGUGGUUCAGACUUUAAUUGGUGUUUCCCACCCAGGAAUACAUAUUUUAAGGGCAGGACUGUGCAUGGCACAGCUAUCUGCUAUAUCUGCCUCACUUACUCUGCAGAAGUAAACAAAACCCCCUGGGUUGACCCAAGUCUAGACCGUGUCCAGCUGUUUCUUGUGAGGUAGCCACGAGUAGUGUUACUUGCCUUUUCACUUGGUGUCUCAAUUGGCUAAUAUCCGAGGGUGCAGAGGACUUCCACUGAGGGUGCUGAGGGGGAUGGACCUGUCCUACAGGAGUGGGCAUGCUUGCCCUCUAAUGCAUUUUUGCUUUUUGUAAGAAAAGAGGACAAAUGUCUAAAGUGCUUUUCAGUUCUUUUCCAAAUUCAGACAAUAGAGGAAAUUAGGGGAUUGAAUAAACCCAAAAGAUUGUUGUGUAGCAAAAUGAGCAUUUGCAACAAAGAAACUUUGUGUGUUUAAAGAAAGCAAUUCUAUUUUAAAGCAGCAUGAUUGGGCCCCACAAAACAAAGUGUCCGCUACAAGACAACAAUCCUUUGGUAAGGUAUUGGGGCUUAGAAUACCUGUUUUGUGCUCUCUUCCUUCUGGUUCAGGGUUGAUCUGCUAUGGUAAAUAUUUUAUUUGGGGAAGGGGAAUUUUUUGCUACUGGACAAUAAACAGGGCCACAGCUGAUUGCCACAGACAAUUUUCUAAAUUAGAGGAUAGUGACAGCUGACAGGAUGGGUCACUUGGUUUGUGAUUGGCAAACUAAGCCCAUUUGUCUAGGUUUCUAGGUUGGCGAAUACUCAGAAGUGAAGGGUAUUCCAGGAAAAAAUUGCUAAUUUAUAGGCCCAGCACGCUUCCGCUGCACAA